AUGAGGGUCUCUUUGCUGGCGUGGUCUCUACUCUCUCUUCUCUCGAUUCCCGCCUUAGCCGCCCCCUCCGAUAAUGUCUCUCCCAGCCAUCAUCUCGUAAAGAGAGGCGACUCCGACGUGAAGUCGGAGGGCCAGUCGACUACCUUUAAUGGUAUCGAGGUCCCGCCUAUGAAGGCUCUGACUCCCGACAAUUUCGAUGACACGAUUAAGGAUGGCUACUGGUUCGUCAAGCAGUACUCCCCGUCCUGCCCACACUGCCAGAAGAUUGCACCUACAUGGCAAACGCUUUAUGAAUUCUAUUACACCUCCGAUCCUUUGUCCUCGCCGUCCUCCAAGUCGUCCAACACCGAUUCGUUGAACUCCUUCCAUGGCUUUUACAACUUCCAUUUCGCCGAGAUGAACUGUCUCGCGCAUGGCGAUCUUUGCCGCAAACUCGACGUCAAAUACUUCCCCACCUUUGCGCUGUACCACAACGGUGAACUGGUUGAACAGUACACUGGAAAGAAGAGUAUGGAGGGGAUUAGCGAGUUCGUUGAGGAGAAGCUGGAACAGAUCAAGCCUGGUUCGCGGCCUGCCCAGGGUCUCCACCUCCCCAAGCCUGGCGACAAGGGAGUGGAUACUCAGGCUCAACCGGAGGCGCCCGUCGCCAAAGAUAAAGACCGUGAGGCGGGCACCAAGGCCGGAGAAAAGCACAACGAGCAGGCUGCACAGCUGGCCGAGGAUGAGACACCCGCAGACAAGGCGUCGAUCAAGUCUAAGACUAAGCCGAAGCCGGCCCCUGCUAACCCCCAGGGUAUUUCUGUCCCUCUCACCGCGGAAAGUUUCCAGAAGCUGGUCACGACUACUCAGGAUCCUUGGUUCAUCAAGUUUUACGCACCAUGGUGCCACCACUGUCAAGCAUUGGCUCCCAACUGGAGGGAAAUGGCAAAGGAGAUGCAGGGUGUUCUCAACGUGGGUGAAGUGAACUGCGACGCGGAAUCCCGACUCUGCAAAGAUGCCCGUGUCAGCGGCUUCCCGACGAUGUAUUUCUUCCGCGGCGGUGAGAGGGUCGAAUAUACCGGCCUCCGUGGCCUCGGAGAUUUGGUCAGUUAUGCCAAGAAGGCUGUUGAUGUUGGAUCCGGUGUACAGGAUGUCGAUGCCACCACCUUCAAAGAGUUGGAGGAGAAAGAGGAUGUUAUCUUCCUGUACUUCUAUGACCACGCAACCACCUCGGAAGAUUUCGAAGCUCUCGAGCGCCUGACCCUUAGUUUGGUCGGUCAUGCCCGGCUUGUCAAGACGAACAGCGCUGCUCUUGCGGAACGGUUCAAGAUCUCGACCUGGCCUCGUCUCCUUGUGUCCCGCGAUGGCCGCCCCAGCUACUACAAUGCGCUUGCGCCUAAGGAUAUGCGGGACUUCCGCCAGAUUCUCAAUUGGAUGCGCACUGUGUGGCUGCCCAUUGUUCCUGAACUUACCGCCUCAAACGCGCGGGAGAUCAUGGAUGGCAAGUAUGUGGUCCUCGGCAUCCUGAGCCGGAAGCACUCGGAUGAGUUCCUUCAAUCGAAGCGAGAGCUCAAGAAUGCCGCCCUUGAGUGGAUGGAUAAGCAGACGCAGUUGUUCCAGUUGGAGCGUGCUGAGCUGCGUGACGCUAAGCAACUGCGGAUCGAGGAAGCUGAAGACCGUAACGAUCAACGGGCCUUGCGGGCAGCCAAGAACAUGCGCAUUACCAUCCGCGAGGAUGACAAGAAACAAGUCGGUUUCGCUUGGAUUGAUGGCGAUUUCUGGGAAAGGUGGCUCAGAACCACAUAUGGCAUCGAUGUCGAGAACGGCGAACGCGUGAUUAUCAACGAUCAGGAUAACCGGCGCUACUGGGAUACGUCUUCCAGCGGAGCUUCGAUCAUGGCUUCCCGAACCUCCAUCCUUGAGACCAUCCCCUUGGUCAUUGCCAACCCACCGAAACUUACACCCAAGUCCACCGUCGGUACCUUUGAGUCUGUCUUCUUCUUCACUCGGACUUUCAUCAGUGGUCACCCGAUCAUCUUCUUCAUCCUCCUGACGCUUUCGGUGGCUGGUGCUACAAUCGUAGCUCGGGGAAGAAGUCUUAGACGCGGGGCUCGUGGCGGAAUUCUCGGGGUUACUGGUAACACCGGCGGUGGUUUCUUCAACCUUGAUGGAAAGGAAGGUCUUCUGAACGGUGGAUCGACCGGCAAGGUUGAUUGA